AUGAUAUUUUGCUUCACAAAGCUGCAUCAGCCACAGAAGUGUUCAAGAGGAUAUCACUACUGUCUUCCUGUCAUAUUGUACCCGAUCUUUGUUUUGCGAUCAUCAUGGGAGUGCAGAGAAAGACCCGAAAGUUUGGCCAGGUCAAACGUGCCAUUUCACUUCGUGAUAGCCGACUGUAUUCAUCCCCUGCGUCUCUUGGAAAGUCCCAGUACCUUUGCUAAUUGCCUUGGGUAUAGAAAACAAAAUCAGGCGAAGGAGGAAGCGAAAACCAAAAAGCCCUCCCAGGAUGAAGUUAUCCGCGAAAUCCCUCAGGUCUCUUCAGCCCUCUUCUUCCAGUAUAACACCGCUCUCGCGCCUCCAUAUUCCGUCCUAGUAGAUACCAACUUCCUUUCCCAUACCGUUCAACACAAACUCGAACUCAUACCGACCAUGAUGGACUGUCUCUAUGCAAAAUGCAUCCCUGUCAUCACUGACUGCGUUUUGGCUGAACUUGAGAAACUGGGACAGAAAUACCGCCUAGCUCUGAGAAUUGCCAAGGACCCGAGGUUCGAAAGAGUUAAAUGCGAUCACAAGGGGACAUACGCGGAUGACUGUAUCGUCGAUCGGGUUAUCAAACAUAGGAUCUAUAUCGUGGCUACGAACGAUCGCGACCUGAAAAGAAGGAUUAGAAAAAUUCCGGGUGUUCCCAUAAUGAGCGUUGCCAGAGCAAAAUACGUCAUUGAAAGGCUUCCUGAUGCUCCUGAGAAGUGAAAUUGAGUGGAGUCUAAUCAUUACUUUAUUCGAUGACUCGCGCCCUGAGGAUGUGAAUUCAUCUGUUGAGGAUGCCAAAGCAUUUCCUUGAGAUGACGCCUCGUCUAUGUUUUUGGUCUCUAUCUAGAGACCACGAGCAUCAGAACGGUGCUAUUCGUGCGGAUGACGAAAGAGGGCAUAAUUGAGAGUCUGAGGAACCUUAGCGGCCACUACCUGUUUUUCCUAGAAGACUUGAAAAGAGGUGCGCCAUAUGGCUACUCAGAGAGCCAAAGCAAAAUUAUGUAUAUAUUUGAGCGCAUCAGGCUCAAAAGCAGCACAGCAGUGCUGGCUAAUUUUGAGUACGGGAGUACUGAGUUACGCUCGAAAAUCAGAGAUAAUACAACAA